AGGCGGCCCGCCCGGCCCCGAGCGCCAAGGAGGCAGAGGCGUCGGUGGCGGCAGCGGCGACGACCACGACCGCGGAGGCGACAGCACGGAGUGGAGCAGGGGGACAGGACUGGGGCUUGGUGACGUCGGACAUCUUUGCUGGGACCACGAUCGACCCGAAAGCAUUGGUUCAGAAACUGCACUGGGACACGGGAAGUGUCAUCUCUGCUGGAGCAGGCGCAGAAGCAAAGCCUGUUUUGUCCAAGAAAGAGAAGAUGAAGCUGCGACGGGCCAGGUGGCUCCAGAAAAUAGAUGCAAUAAAGGCAGCAGAACAGACACGCAAGGCAGAGGCAAGACGGAAGGCCACGGCCGUCGUGGGAGACCUGCACCCCCUCAUGGAGGCCUUGCCUGAGCUUUCGGAGCUAGUGACGGCCAGCCGGCCCAGGAAGAAAGUCAAGAGCGCCCCAAGGCGGAAGGCCGAGCCCACAGAUUUCAGCCGCAUGACUCCGGCCCAGAAGCGCAGACUCCUAGACGAUGAGAUGGCCCGGUUCCAGGAGGUGGUCACCAGCCCUUCCUAUCAAGCUGACCCUCUGAGAGCCAUCGGCGAGCAUCUCUCCAAGAGGCUGAGACAGGAGGAGGGCGGGAGGCUCUAGGUCCGGACGGUGGAGGCGGGGGACCACGGUGGAGGCGGGGCUCUCGUGGCCAUGGGUGCGUGGGUGGAGGCUGCUCCUGACUUCGGAAUGCCUGGGGCUCUUUGUGCCCCUGACCCUCCGUCUGGGGGAGCUCCACCUACCUCACAGGGAUGUUGUGAGGGGCAGCCAAUAAAGUGACCUCAGGGCUUCGGAAA